CAGAGAUGCUUGGCCGCAUCACGCCGUCCGUCCAUCCGUUGACUCUCCUCUCAUGAACCGCGAUGCAUUCGUCGAUCUUUCUCAUCUCUGCUCCAACUCCUUGCCUCCCACCCCGACCACACCCGCGUCCAAACACUCACCCGACUUGUGGUUCGACGAUGGGACCCUGAUCCUCGAAACGGAGGGCACCCAGUUCAAAGUUUUCCGCGGCAUACUCGCGGCAAACUCGACGGUCUUCAGCGACAUGCUCCUCGUGGGCCGUCCCUCGGACAACGACGAGAUAGAGGACGGGUGCCCAGUUGUUCACGUCCACGAUUCAGCGCUGGAUCUUAUGCAUUUUCUCAAGGCCUUACACCAUAUCAGCUACUACGAUCCGCAAGAAACGAAAGAUUUCCUGCUCAUUGCUGCGAUACUGCGCCUGAGCACCAAGUACAAUGUCGAAUUCCUGCGCCGCCGCGCGCUGGCCCACAUCUCUUCACUCUACCCCACAAAACUGUCCGACUGGGACCAGCGCAAGGACAACGCGAUGGAGGUGUUCAACGCCCGGCCAUUCGCGGUGUUCCUGCUCGCGAAGGAGACCGGGCACCAGGCGCUGCUGCCCGCAUGCAUGUACCUCUGCGCGGACAGUGUGGACAUCAACGACAUCCUCGACGGGCUCGAGUCGAUCGACGGGACGCACAUCGAGCUCGACUGGCCCGACAAGCGCGCGUGCAUCCGCGGGCGGCAGAAUCUGCUCCUCGCGCUGCGCUCGGAGGUGUUCGCGUUCCUCACGGGCAGCCUCGCGGUGAUCACGGGGUGCACGGCGCAGGCGCGGUGCGACGCGUCGAAGCUCCGGUGGCUGCAGAGCCUCGAGGCGUCGCUGGGGAACGGGUGCCCCGGGAUCUUCUCGAUCAAGUUCCCGUGGCCGUCGUUCCGGAAGGCGGUGUGCGAGACGUGCUACGCGGCUUCGUACGCGCAUUCGAACCAGAAGCGCGAGGAGAUCUGGAACAAUUUGCCGGGGUACUUCGAUCUCCCCCCGUGGGCGGAGCUGUGCAAGUCAUCGGCGUCCUGAGCGCUCCCGGGCGUUGGGAGGCGAUUCGGAUGAGGCAUUCCGAUCAAGCCCAUCACGAGGCGCGUUUCACUGGGACACAGCCUCCGUGCUAAUGAGCGCUCUUUACCAGCAACUGUCAUCAUCUCCCUCGUUCCGUCCUUCGUCUUCUCUUCCUCUUCUUCCUUCUCCGGUCUCUCUGGCAGAGAUCUGUCGCCGGUCGGCUUUUUCAUCAGCCCUUUCUCUGCCUCCUGCGGUUUCUUUUUAUUGUACGCCUUCCUUUGCCUGGUUUGGGCGCCGUCGUCUCUGUCUGACUCGGACACGUCUCCAGUUGUUGCGUGUAUCAUAGACCAUCUGUAUCAGUAACAUGCGCACCCCGAGAUGAUGAGCAUGAUCCACCCCGUUUCCAUGUCGGACGCUGUGACCGUGCCGUCACAUGACUCGCAACACCCGAACCCGGGGUCCAGGACGACCACUCUGACGGUGACGAUUACGCUGGAGGAGGAUGUUACGCGUACCGCGCCCAUGGAAGCGAGCACGACCUCUGUCGCUCGGAGCUCAUUGGCGAGCCCGAAUGGUUGCGUUGCUUUUCCUGCGUAAUGAAUGUCUGAUUCGAAUCAUGCUAUCUCUCAGAUCAUUCUGCGUCGGUUUCCUCCGUUCGAAUGACGUCCUCUGUCGAUCGACGCCUGCCGCAUCGUUUACGCCUAGUCCGACUACGAUGAAAACUGUCCCUCCGUCCCAUAUGCCUGUCUCCGACUCAUCCCAAGCUAAACACACAUCAGUCACGACAAGCUCCCCAAUGCGUUCACCAGUAGCGCAUUCUUACACGCAUUCGCACUCUACGGCGGCGGCAUCUUCCAGACAUUCUACCGUGGCUCACUCCUCGGUUUCAUCAAUCGUUCCGCAUCGUCCGCCAGAUCCCACCCUACUCUCAGCUCGACUGGUGCCAAGUUCACCUCCGUGCGAGUCCAGCCUACAAGCCUCUCGAGUCAACAUGCGACCUCAGCGGGCACGACUCAUGCGUCGGCCAGUGUUCUGAUAGUGUCCGCGUCAGCGAAGGCGACGACUGGGGCGACAUCCGGGUCGUUCUCAGCGUCUUCUAGUGCUCCGGUGGACAGCAUCUCCGCGGCUUCCCAGGCUUCGAGCACUGCAACGCCUGCGACCUCGAGCACCGGGACCACUGAAGCUGCUGCCUCCGGGACUCUCCUUCCGGCCAACGGCUCAAACAACCAGCUGAGCGCCUCCGGGGUUGCGCAUAAGUCGGGUGUCCCCGUCGGCGCCGUCGUAGGUGUGACGAUCGCGGCCGUGCUGUUAGUCACGCUGUGUGCGCUGGCCGGGCUGUUGUGGUCCCGCAAACGCUCGAAGCGGACGGCGCGACUGCGAUACGAGGAGGAGGUCCGCGAGGCGCCCUUCACGCCGCUGUUCGGCGGCGGCGAGAUGGGCUUGCCGCGGCCGAUGACGGUCGGGGCGCCGGUUGCGCGGGAUCUCGUGCCAGAGCGGGCCCCGAGUUUCGUCCAGCAGGAGUACCCGUUCGCGGGGCCGAGCCGGCCAAACAGGAAACGGGGCGACACUUUGCAUCCGGACGUCCUGAACUGAGUGUUCAUAAGUCAUAAGCAUAGCAUAAACAUAAUCGGCAGAUACACGGUAAAUAAGUAGCAUGAUAAUAAUGAACAGUCUCGAAUCACGAGGGAAAA